CGUCCGAGGCUUGAUAAGCUCUGCGAGUCGGACGAUAUAUACGGCCUACAUGUACGAGGUAAAGUCAUGUAAAUUACUGUGCCAGUGGAAUACAGAAUACAAUUCAUACCGGACGCGGUAGAAAUCGUGCGAUUGCGGGCCUCGGACAUCCAGUCGUAUAAUUAUAUGAAAUUAUUAAAGUUGCUUAAUUUGUUCGUCCGAUUUUCGAAUAAUUUUCCGAGAGUUGAACUUAGAUGCCAACCGCACCUGCGGUAAGCCGGCGGGCAUGGUGUACGGGUGUAUGCGUGCCUAGUAGGGAGGUUGCGGAGAAGAGGGGGGGGGGGGUGAAUUUCCCGAGGAGCAGAAGCGCGAGAAUAUUGAUUGAAGCUCGAGGCGACGGCGCAAACUCCGGGGGAAUACUUCGAGGACUUCAUGAAUGACACCUUGCAUAUGGAAGGAGCGAUCCGUUGAGUUUUAAAUCGCUAUUAUCAGCUGUGCCGCGGGUUAAGGAAGCGACGAGGAUGCCCCCCAGGCCUUUCCCGUACGCGUUCCUCGUCUUGCUCGGUGUUGUUAUCUCGGCGUUUGCUGCCCAGGAUUUUCAUCGCUAUCUGCGAGAUCUGACGCCAGAACCUUCUUCCGAAAACUUGGCUCUGACAGACCUGCAGACGUGGUUAUUAAAGCCACGAAAUCACGAUGCCGCCACUUACGGUUCACUGCACUACCCAGGCUCGAAGGAAUUUAUCGAAGGAACUCGCAGGUUCCUUGAAGCUUUGAUUGACAAGUCGAGGGUGGCGGUCCAUCGAAGGCUCGGCAAAAACCACCGUUUCAAUGAAGGCGGCACGGUUCACCGACCAUACGCGGGACGGUAUCACCCCAGAGAGUCGCAACCGUUUCUGAUACACCCGAGGUAUCCUGUGUUCAACGAGCCACUGGCUGAAGCGACGUCCCGCCAAAAUCUGCAGGACUACCAAACGGCCGAACAUCGUCACCGUAGCCAGGAUGACUUGAAUCACGAAAUGAAGAAUCGACCGUCAUUUGAUUCUUCUUCAGCAGAUCGUUUUCCCUCCAAUCACCAGGAGCCGGAAGUCGGUGAUUCAAGAAGCCACGCUAAUGAUCACGAAGUGAAAGGUGAUGAAUUCUCUUACAUGUUUGCUCAGCCGAGCAUCCCCGAUAAGCAGCCUUCGUUCGCCUGGACACCAAACGAUCCAGGCUAUUAUGAUGGUCUCGAAGUGACGCAAACAGAUAUGGAGGACUUCCAAGACGAGAAAAGAACAGAGCGAACCCAGGUGACCAGCGUGGACGUUAGACCGAGUCACGACCAGGAGUUGGUGAAAUUAACUGAAGUAAAUUUUCCGACGGAUGGCAAUAGCGACGACAGUGACAACGACAACGACGGCUACGAUGACGAGGACGAUGCUCCAAGAGCUCCUCCAGAACUUCAGCGUCGCGCCGAGUCACACGGUCCCUUGGUCACAUCGGUUGACCACAAGAUCAACAAUGACAUCUAUUUUGUUGCGGUUGUAGCUGGUUGCAGCGCCGCUGCUAUGUUCGUCCUAGUGCUGAUCAGUCUCACCUGGUGCAGACUUCAGCGCGGAGCUAAGGCUGCAGCGGAUGUCGAGUAUCCGGCAUACGGCGUGACGGGUCCCAACAAGGAUACAUCGCCCUCGGGUGAUCGGAGGCUCGCUCAAUCCGCGCAAAUGUACCACUAUCAACACCAAAAGCAACAGAUCAUUGCCAUGGAGAGUCGAACCGCGGCGGCUCGAGAUCCCGGCUCUGUGUCGGAGGCGGAAAGCGACGAGGAGAACGAGGAAGGCGAUUACACCGUAUACGAGUGUCCAGGACUCGCCCCGACGGGGGAAAUGGAAGUGAAGAACCCGCUGUUUCACGACGACCCAACCCCUGCAACCCCGGCGGGACCGGGGCAAACCAACCGAUCAUCAGAGGACCACAUGUAGUUUCGACUGGGGCGCAAUAGACCCUAAAUUGCAGAAACCUUCCCCUGCUGGGUUUCCUGGUGCUUAGUUCACUCUGAAUGUAUCAUAUCCAAAGUCUUUAAUCCAAUAGUAUACAUACAUUAUAGAUGUACACACACACACACACACACACACACACACACACACACAUUAUACAUACUAUACAUAAUUAAUAUGCCAUACUGCAAAAUCCUAUAUUACUAUUUGUACUGUGAGACGAAUCUUUUUCGUAUAUCAAUAACUAUAAAUGCGAAGUAGGUAUGUUCGCGUAUUCUUUCGAGACGCAUAAUGAGAGUCAGCCGCGCUGCGAGGAAAACGAAUAAGUAAAUUAAUAUCAAAUCGAAUGAGAAUCCUAUACAAUGCCUACAUGGAACUCGGUUUUCACUCGGGGUUAUUUUUAUACCUAGUGUGGUUUUCACAAUAUACGGAUUAACAAACACUACGAGUAAUCCGCGAUAUCGAGUAAUCUCUGCGUUUCAUUCUUCAGCACGAACCUGAAAUACGUGUAAUUCAUCCAUCGUAUCGAUUGCUCUCACGAUUGAGUAAAGUCGAGGUUUUGUUUGCACGAUGUGAUAUGCGAGAGUUUUUGGUUUGAAUUUCACACAAAGAACCGGGACGAUUCAAUUACCGUCGAAUCGUAUACCUAUUUGCACUUACUAACAAGAGUAUAAUAUUGCUUCCUACGUCCAAAGUUCAGGAAAUUAAAAAUAUCAUCUUCCAUCUCUACCGAUAAGCUUAUUAAGAGCAAAUUAACUUUUCUCAGCGACGUUACUAAUGUUGCAUGUCAUCGUCACAUGGAACUAUAGGUACCGAUAAUUUGAGAAAUCUUACAGAAUUUUUAAAUUGUGUUCUGCUUUGAACAGAAAUGUUUACAUGAAUACAAUAUUAUUUGGUAUUAUAGUUGCAUAUUGUGAGAGAGGAAGAGACAAUUUUCUCCUUAUAAAAAUGCAGGUAAUUCUUUUCGAGUAGGUACAUCACAUUUAUGGGCUUCAUUCGUUUCGUCUAUUUUUUUAUGAGUAUAGAGAGUGACUAUUUAUCGAACGAAUAUAUGAAAUGCGAAGGCAAGGUAGCUCACCGAAGAGAAAUAGGGAUUUUCGGAUGCUAGAUUCUUAUUCGUUUGAGUAUUUGUAAAGUUAUAUAUUAUCAGCCGUACGUUUCACAUAUUGACUAUCGUACUGAGGAUUAAAUCAGUUUGUUGUUAAUUUUGUUUUUCUGUGGGGCCACCUUGCAUAUAGCAGAACUUUGAAUAUAUAAAUAUAUUUACAAUUGAAUAUAUAUAUACAUAUAUAUAUAUCUAUUAACAGACGUACCUAUGUAUACAUCCGACUAUAUCUACAGUUGAAAAAGAGACUUUUAUUGAUGUUAUAAUGUAUAAUGAAUCAAAGAAUUGAACAACCCAUUCUAAUAAAGUAUAGCGUGGCUCUUUUAAUAAUAUUUUUUAGUAAUAUACCUAUGUAAUUAUGCGGAUCUCAACACGGAUCAAGAGUCGUAGGUCCAAGUUGUUUUGCAUUAUACGCAUUCAGUUCGUAAAAAAAAAAAAAAAUACCGAAUUAGCAUAGCGUAAAGCACCUUCUUGUAUGUAUACGUACAUGCUAUAUAAUAUUAAUUUUUUCUUCCACACGUGGUAUUGCUAA